CACUCUCAGAGACGUUGAGUUUUGUAGACUGUCAGACAAGAGAACAUGAAGCUUCUUGUGGUGGUGAUGCUUGUGGUGGUGCAACUUGUGGUGGUGAUGCUUGCAGGGGUUGUGGCUGCACAGGACAACACAGCUGAUUCUGCCUCAAACAAUACAGACACAGUUCUCAGUACCGAAUCAAAUGAUACAAUAUCGGCCUUAGAUCUCAGCUCAAAUGAUGCGGCAUCGGCCUUAGAUGUUUCUUCAAAUGAUACAGAAUCGGUCUCAGAUGCUGGUUCAAAUAAUGCACCACCGGCUGCUGAUGUUGACUCAAAUAAUGCACCACCGGCUGCUGAUGUUGACUCAAAUAAUGCACCACCGGCUGCUGAGCACCGGCUGCUGAUGUUGCCUCAAAUAAUGCACCACCGGCUGCUGAUGUUCCCUUAA